CCAAGCCGCGGUUUCCGGCGAUGCUGCUCUUCUGUCCGACCUGCGGGAAUGUCCUGAUUGUGGAGGAAGGACAGAAAUGUUACCGGUUCGCCUGUAACACCUGUCCCUAUGUUCACAACAUCACCCGGAAAGUAACAAACAGAAAAUACCCCAAACUAAAAGAAGUUGACGAUGUGUUGGGUGGAGCUGCUGCUUGGGAAAAUGUUGACUCUACAGCAGAAACCUGUCCCAAAUGUGAACAUCCUCGAGCAUACUUCAUGCAAAUACAAACCAGAUCUGCUGAUGAACCUAUGACAACAUUCUACAAGUGCUGCAAUCCAGGAUGUGGGCAUCGCUGGAGGGAUUAAGUUUCUUAACACACUGAAUCCAGAUAAUUAUGAAUGCAUGUCAACUACUGAUGAUGGUUGAAAGACAUAUGCUGAUUAAUGCCACUAACAUUCUAAAAUACUUUUUUGAAGCUCCUUUUAUGUCUAUUAAAAGAAAUUGAUUGGA